ACUGCGCGUGUGUUAUGAAAUCAGUUGAGUCGAAAAGUUUAUUUUUCCGGCAGUCAGACAAACAACCCCAGAACCAUGUCCAUCAAGGUGGGAGGAACGUUUAGCCGGUCCGGCGGCAUCGUGUCCGCGAUCGGCAAACAGCUGAAGAUGCUCAACCUGAAGGCGGUCCAGCGCAUUACGGUCACCUUUGAUCCGUUCCACGAGAAUGCCGUUCCGACGAGGGAGUUCCUGCACCACCUGUCCGCGCCCAAGAUCGGCCAAACGAACCCCUCGUGCGUGCUCCGCUCGGAAGUGGUCUGCGACCGGCGCCCGCCCUCGGUCGUGUUCCAGCUCAUCCCCUCGGUCCAGGCGGAAGCCAAGCUCAAAAAGAUCGAACUGAACGGCGCCAACCUGACCACGCUGGAACUGCUGCAGCUGUGCAACAAACACAUCACGGCGCUCGCCCCCAAGGAGAUCGCCACCAGCACCGUCAAGACCAAGUCCGAGAAGAAGGCCGGCGGCGGCAAGCGACGAUAAAGAGAACGCAUUUGUGUAAUUGUUAAGACGUUAGAAGUUUGAUUUAGGAAAGCAACCAAAAAAAAAAUGCGCCAGAAAAAGGGUGGCGGCCACAUGGCCAUCAUCGAGAACUGGUACCACCAGAUCCCCGCGUUUACCGACGUCUUCACCGAGGAAAGCUUCUACAUGUUUGUGGUUUGCUUUGUCACGGCCACGAUCGCGGUUGUUUUCAUUCUUUCCCGAUUUAUCACGCUGAAGCCGGUCGAUUGAAAGGUGCUUGUUUGAAACAAAAACAAAAUGAUUUAUUAGCUAAUAAAAAAAUACUUAAAAAACCAA